UCAAUAGCUAAUUGUAGAUUAGCCAAACGUGGUCGAUGUAUGUAUUUAACCAAAGGAUUCUCCAGAAAAAGAUGUAACGGAAAAGCAUAAUGAGAGCUACUGUAGCUCCAACCAUUGUACUCUCACCUCCAUUUUCUAACUUAAUCACCACCGUCACUCGAUCGCAAACUCACACUUAUCCGACGGCCUUAAAAUGUUUGAAUCAUAACAAAGUCUCUCUUGAAGACCACUACCAAAGAAAUGCCACCAAAUACUGGGACAAUUUCUACAAACGCCACCAAGACAAAUUCUUCAAGGAUAGACAUUACUUGGAGAAGGAUUGGAGAUAUUACUUUGCAGAAGAUGAAGUCUGCUCAAAUGAAAAGGUCGUUUUAGAGGUUGGAUGUGGGUCUGGAAGUACCCUCUUUCCCCUUAUGGCUGCAUUUCCCAAUAUUUAUGUUCAUGCCUGUGAUCUCUCACCUCAUGCAAUUGAGCUUGUUAAGUCAAAUGUGAAUUUCAUAGAAGACAGGGUUAAUGCAAUUGUCUGUGAUGUUACACUUGAGUCUCUUUGUGAGAAAAUUGACCCCUUUUCAGUUGAUGUUGUUACAUUGGUUUUCAUGUUAUCUGCAGUUUCUCCAAGUAAAAUGCCUUUGAUAUUGGAGAACAUCAAAACAGUGAUAAAGCCCAAUGGUUAUGUUCUAUUACGAGAUUAUGCUGCUGGAGAUUUUGCUCAAGUCAAGUUACAGAAAAAGGAUAGGAUGAUCGGUGAGGACUUUUAUGUUCGAGGAGAUGGUACUUGCUCAUUCUACUUCUCUGAAGAUUUUUUGUCAACAUUGUUUCUAAGAGCUGGCUUUCACACUGUGGAUAUGAACACAUACUGCAGAGAGGUUUACAAUCGUUCUCGGAAUGUUACGAUGAACAGGUGUUACAAAAGAGUCGCCUGAACUCUCCAAGCUUGUAAACGAGUCCAAACUCCUAGAGGUGGUUGAUGAUUGGAAACUAUGCAACGGUGAAUUGAAGCUGUGUGUGCCUGUGUAAUCAGUACUAACAAAUGAUGGGGCGCUUUUAUGCACCGAUAAAUUCGUUUGGACUGUUGAUGAUGCAUCAACCCUGCUGUUUGGCUUGCUUCUAUUACUCUUGUCCACAGAUAAUUGUCCAGAACCAGAAGUAAUCAGAUUCCCAAGACUUCAGCAUAGCAAGCAAAAGUCAAUAUAAACUUGUUUAGUGCCACCAUAUGUUAUGCAUUGUAUGUAAGGAAGUAAUUUUACCUGGCAUUAUUGGAUCCUUCAUUAUUUUUGGGUGUUUUGGUUUGAGUUGCUGCUCUCACAGAAGUAGGUUUCCCUUUUGAUAUAACGUAUACAGAACAGAAUUGUGGUGCAGUUUUGAGUAAGCUAGUGGGCACAUCUGCUUCUUUAAAUUUCCUGUUAUUUAGAGAAAGAGAGAAAUAGAGAAUCGAAUAAGUAGAGUUAUAUACAAAACCCCAUAUGGUUAGGACUAGGAGAGAGAACCUUAUAAGAGCAUUGUGAUUGGAAGCACCAACGACAACGUUGGUGAUGUCGUUUUUAACAAUGUAAUCAACUAUUGUACUUGGAACAUCAAUAUCAUGAAGGAUCACUUCCUUUGCUG